AUGGACGCAAUUAGAGCCCAACUUGAUGAAUUUUUAGGAAAGGAUAGAAAUUUACUUCCAAAAGAUAGAAUUAAAGUUGAAAAUGAUUUCAAUGACCCAGAUAUUUGUAAAUUCUUUUUAUGUGGUUUAUGUCCACAUGAAUUAUUUACAAAUGCAAAUAUUCGUGACUUAGGUCCAUGCUCAAAAUUACAUGACGAAAAUUGUGUAAAGCAAUACCAAAAUAAUAAAGAUAAAGAUAAGUAUGAUUAUGAAAGAGAAUGGGUUCGUGUAAUUGAAGGUUUAAUAUCUGAUAAUGAUAAAAAAAUUAAAAGAAAUAAAGAAAGAUUACUACAAAAUCCAAACGGUGAUGCUAAUCAUCAUGGUGGACCAAUUCAACAACAAAGUAUAAGUCAAUUAGAUGAUGAAGAAGGUGGUUUACUUCCAGAUAAAGAACAAAAUAGUAAAAUCACAGAGUUGGAUCUAAAGAUUCAAGAAUUAUUAAAAAAAGCAGAAGAAUUAGGAGAAGAAGGUCAAAUUACAGAGGCUCAAGCAUUAAUGACUGAAGCUGAUGAAUUAAAAAAUCAAAAAGUUGAAUUAGAAAAGAUUGAACAAGAAAAGAAUGAAAAUAAAAGAAUGUCAGUUUGUGAAAUUUGUGGAGCAUUAUUAUUUGUUGGUGAUAAAGAAAAGAGAUCAAUUAGUCAUUUAGAGGGUAAAAAACAUAUUGGAUUCCAAAAGAUUCGUGAAGUUAUGGAAGAAUAUUACAAGAGUGGUAGAAGAGCCAAUUUGGGUAGAACAGAUUUUUAUAAUGCACCACCACCACCAAGAGAUUCAUAUAGAGAUGAUAGAAGAUCAUCAUCAUCAUCAUACCACGAUAUUGACGGUCGUAGAGAUCAUAGAUAUGGUGGUGGCAGUAGAGACUAUGGUGGUAGUGAUAGAAGAGGAGGAGGUAACUAUAAUAAUGGUAGAGGUAGUAGUAGAGAUAACUAUAACAAUAUUAACAAUAGCAGAGACUACAGAAAUGAUCAUGGUAAAGAUUACGAUAGAAAAAGAGAAAGAGAUUAUUAUAAUGAUGAUGAUAGAAGAAAGAGAGAUAGAAAUUAUUAA